UCUCAUAUUUGAAGAGUGGUCCCACAGACAGAUCUCCAUACCAGUCCACAGAGUACUCUGGUCUCCGUGUGUCUGUCACUGGAGCCAAAAAGAGUGGGAGAGAUUUCGACAACUCAUAGAUAUACCUGUUCCUCUCAUUUUGUAGGAUCUCCAUCUUCCUCUCCUUUUUUUUUACCAUCAGUCAAUCUCAUACUGAUUUUUUUUUUUUAAACCUCUUUUUCUAACCUAUCUCUCAUUUGAUUUAUUUUGCUUAUUUACUAAUCUGGGUAAAAGAGGAACUUCUCAAGGGCUGUCUGUGUAAAAAUGGUCAGCUUCAGUUUGCAGCACACGGACGAACAUCAGCACAGCUAGAAUUAAAUCACUCAGUGUGCCAGCUUGAGGAGCUUUCACCUGUCAGUCCAAAAGCGGCAUUUUCACUCCUGAAGACCGUGCUUCUCUUCAUUCUGACAGAGAGAGUCGCUGUCGGCCUCAUGUCCUCAGUUGUUGCCCCAGAAAAACCCUCCAUGGGUCCCAAGGAGUUGGAGCUGAUCCUUGUAAAGGAACAGAACGGGGUCCAGUUCACCUCAACCACUUUAGUGGCUCCGACUCCGACUCAAAUCAAUCCCAGUGAGGAGGAGAGGGAGACCUGGGGAAAGAAAAUCGACUUCCUCCUGUCAGUCAUCGGAUUUGCUGUGGACCUCGCUAAUGUCUGGAGAUUCCCUUACCUCUGCUACAAGAAUGGAGGAGGUGCUUUUCUGGUGCCAUACAUGUUCUUCAUGGUGAUAGCAGGGAUGCCUCUCUUCUACAUGGAGCUGGCUCUGGGACAGUAUAAUAGAGAGGGCGCAGCAGGGGUGUGGAAGAUCUGCCCUAUAUUUAAAGGUGUCGGCUUUACGGUGAUCCUCAUUUCCCUCUACGUCGGUUUCUUCUACAACGUCAUUAUCUCCUGGGCACUGUUUUACCUUUUCUCCUCCUUCACCAACGAGCUGCCAUGGGUCCACUGCAACAACACGUGGAACAGUCCUAACUGCUCCGACUGGGCUGACAACACCUCAGUCAGUGACAUCUACAAGGCCACACCUGCACAGGAGUUCUUUGAACGAGCAGUUCUCCACAUCCAGGACAGUAAUGGUAUUGAUGACCUGGGUCGCCCACGGUGGCAGUUGACUUCCUGUCUGGGUGUGGUGAUUGUUCUACUCUACUUCAGUCUCUGGAAGGGAGUUAAGACCUCUGGCAAGGUUGUGUGGAUCACAGCCACCAUGCCCUAUGUGGUCUUGACUGUGCUGUUGAUCCGAGGAGUCACACUGCCUGGAGCCAUUGAUGGCAUUAAGGCUUACCUCUCUGUGGAUUUCCUGAGACUGUGCGAAGCCCAGGUCUGGAUUGAGGCAGCGACACAGAUCUGUUUCUCUCUGGGAGUGGGGUUUGGUGUGCUAAUUGCCUUUUCCAGCUACAACAAAUUCAGCAACAACUGUUACAGAGACGCCAUCAUCACCACCUCCAUCAACUCCCUAACCAGUUUCUUCUCCGGCUUUGUGGUGUUCUCUUUCCUCGGUUACAUGUCCCAAAAACACAACGUGCCCUUGGACAAAGUUGCCAGAGAUGGUGCUGGGUUAGUCUUUGUCAUUUACCCAGAAGCCAUAGCAACAUUACCUGGGUCCUCAGUAUGGGCAGUUAUCUUCUUCAUUAUGCUGUUGACGCUGGGCAUUGACAGUGCUAUGGGCGGAAUGGAGUCGGUUAUUACGGGGCUGAUUGAUGAAUUCAAGUGCCUCCACAAGCACAGAGAGCUGUUCACCUUUUUUACUGUGGUCUUCACCUUUCUCAUGUCCCUCUUCUGUGUCACAAAUGCAAGGAUGUAUGUGUUUACUCUGCUUGACCACUUUGCAGCAGGGACAUCAAUUCUCUUUGGAGUGCUUAUUGAAGCCAUCGGCAUCGCAUGGUUCUAUGGAGUGGAUCGUUUCAGUGAUGACAUCGAGGAGAUGAUUGGCCACCGCCCAGGCAGGUACUGGAGGCUCUGCUGGAAGUUUGUCAGCCCCUGCUUCCUCCUGUAUAUGGUGGUGGUGAGCUUUGUCAGGUUCAACCCCCCAAAGUACGGCACCUACACGUUUCCUCCGUGGGCUAACACACUGGGCUGGUGUCUGGCCAUGUCCUCGAUGGCCAUGGUGCCUCUGUAUGCCAUCUACAAACUCUGCAGGCUGCCUGGAAAGUUUUGCAACAGACUGGCUUAUGCCAUCACCCCAGAGACAGAGCACCAUUUGGUAGACAACGGGGAGGUUCGGCAGUUCACUCUGAAGCACUGGUUGGUGGUCUGAGUGCUUGAGACAGGAACAUGGGUUGGGAGGGGGGGGGGAUAGAGAGUGAGAGAGAAAAUUGAUGUUGGAUGGAUGGAUAGAUGAAUGCACAGCAAAGACCUAAGGAGCUGAAAGGAACAAGAGAAAUAGCCAUGUAACUCCGUGAUGACUGCCGUGGUGACGCCGUCUCAAAGUUUACUGUUCUUUGAUUUCAACAGUGGUUGUGUGAAGCUGUGCAUUGACCACUGUUGUGUUGAUUCAGUCAAACGGGUGAAUGCAGUAUUUCAGCCUGCUCUUUCCACAAAGACAAAACACAUAGCCCGGCGGUCAUCUUCACUAUGCGCCUACAAAAGAGCGAGAAACAUUCUUAGUCUUUGUUGCAGUGCAGAAUUCAUGAACAUCAGUGAAGGCCACACAGGUUUACUUUGCAUUGUGUGAGGUGCUAAGUGACACAGAAUAAAACUGACACUUCCUCUCUCAUUUCUUUGAGGUAAAAUGUAGUAUAACAUAUGUGGAGUUUGAUAUGCCAUAUACAUAAUGAUUUUUUUUUCUUAAUUCAUAUAAAUGACUGGAAAUAAGAUAUUUUUAAGCAUAUUUUCAUCAUUACACAGCUUUUCUUAGGAUACAGUGAGGCACGUGUGUGAUAAAAGCCACAGGUUUCACUGAAUCUCAUUCUAGUCCUCGAUAUGUUAUUAUUUACUGACUAGCGCUUUUAAAGAGACUGUUAUUACAUUACGUAACAGAUUCAUUCCAUCAACAACGACCAAAACAACAGCAUUUGAAUAACCUGAACUGAUAACGUGAGCUUUAUCGGGUGGUUUUCAUAAACACCGACACACAAACCAACUAAA